AUGAAGAUGAGGCAUUGGUUAUUGCAGCAGGUGGAGUCUGGCAGGUAUCCAGGAUUAAGAUGGCUAGAUGAUGAAAUGAAAAUUCUGAAAAUUCCUUGGAAGCAUGGAUCGAACAGUGCGUGGGCCACUAGUGAUGGUCAAUUGUUUUACAACUGGCUCGCUUAUACUGGAAAACUGAGCACAUGCAAGUCGAAAACGUUCCGCCGCUUCAAGGCGAACUUUCGAUGCGCCCUCAAAUCUCUGAAGGACGUUGUCGAGGUCAAGGAGAGGUCAAAAAAGAGCGGGAAAGAUGCUUGCAAGGUCUUCAUGUUCCUAGAUGAGAGGAUGAAGAGGAUGAGAAAGAGUAAAGGUAUAAAGAAUGUUGGCAACAAAAACAACAACAACAACAACAACGUCAGCAACAACAACACUAACAACAACAACUACAACUACAUCAACAAUGAGAUCAUUACCAGCAACAUUGAUGGCAUCAAUAGCAGUACUUACUAUAGCAAUAAUUACACUAACAACUUCAACAGCACAUACAUAAGCAGCACUAAAAUUGCUGAAAACGUCACUAAAAUUAGUAACAUUAACAAUAACUUGUACAAAAACAUCAGUGGUAAUGUCAUUAACAAUAAUUACAUCAACAGUUUUAACCAAAAUAACUUGCGAAACAGGAACAACAACAACAAACAAAACUCGAACAUUAUAAUCAUAAACGGAAACAUCAGUAAUAACAACUACACUACAAAUAACUACAAUAACAUCAACAACAACAACAACUACUACUACUACAAUCCCUACUACAGCGACAACAUCGACAAAAACAACAACAUUCGAAACAACUACAACAUAUCUCACGAUAUGGGUAUAAUCAAUUUUAAUCAAAAAUCCAUCAACAAAAACAUCUAUGACAUUAACAAAUGCAACGAAGACCGCAUGAACAACAACUACAUUAACCACAACAUUAACAAUUGUAGCAUUGAUAACAUCAGCAACACUAGCAACAACCAUACCAACUACAACACAACUGACAUUAACCUUGACAUUCACAUUAAUGUCGCCAAAAGCAGUGAAGUCAUUUUAAAUAGCGACAAUAAUUUACUUGCAAAUUACAACUACAAUUAUAUAACCAAUACUUUAGAUAAGAUCAAUUCUAAUAACAACAACAACAACAGAAUCACAAGCGACAACAAUAUCAACACUAACAACAACACUAACAACGUCAACAAUAUAAACAUAAACGAAGUCAACAACAACAACAAUAAUGAAUGCAUAAACCAGGACAUUAAUGACACCAACAACAACGUCAACAACAACAACGUUAACAACAACAACCACAACGUCAAUAGCAACAUCAUCAACAACAACGUCAACAACAACAACGUUAACAACAACAACCACAACGUCAAUAGCAACAUCAUCAACAACAACAUAAACAACAACAAGAUCAACACCGAAAAUGUCAACCACAAUAUAGGCACAUACAAUUUCAAUUACGACGACGACGAAAGCAUUCUUGUUGACAAAAUCAUAAACAGCAUCAUCGAACGCAAUUACAACAACAACAACAACAGCAGCAGCAGCAUUAACAGCAGUUACAAUAACUACAAAAAACUACAACAACAUCAACAACAAUAA